GCUUUGCUACGUAUUAUUGAAAUUGUUGAAAUAAAUUAUCCAGAAACCAUGGGAAGAGUUGUCUUUAUGCGAGCUCCAAGAUGCUUUCCCAUUCUAUGGACACUUAUUAGUACAUUUAUAAAUGAAAAUACAAGAAAGAAAUUUAUAUUUUAUUGUGGCACGAACUAUCAAGAGGAAGGUCCAGGCAGCCUGACAGAGUACAUUAGCUCCGAAAUUAUACCCGAAUUUUUGGGAGGAUCAUGUGAGGCCAAUAUCUGCGAGGUUUAUGAUAUGGUACCUCGAAGAUUUUAUAUUUUCGACGCAACUCCUAUUGACGUUUAUAUUAACGAAGGAGGACUUGUACCGAAACAUCUUUACAAAAUGGACUUAGAGAACACAUCCACUGAACAUGAACAAAGUUUAUACCAUUCCAUUAGCCUAAGUCGCGGACAAAUACAUCGCAUAAUAAUACAUUCCAACGAUCGAGGGUCAGUUUUAACAUGGGACUUUGAUGUAAUGCGACAUAAUGUGAUAUUUACUGUGUUGUAUCAAGCUAAUGAUGACAACAAGCAAAUUCUUUCUUCAGGUUCUUCAGAAUCUCUGGCAAAUGAAGCUGCUGAAGUACUAGAAACUGAAGAAGUAAAGGGACACUUCGUUAAAGUGCAACCCAACAUUCUUUGUCAUGACGGUGAAAGUAUUCAGGGAUCUCAUAUAAUGCAAGAAGCAGGAAUAUAUGUGUUGCAGUGGUAUAAUCAAGAUGACCAAGGAGAGUUUCUUCCAUCCAUAAGUGGUCACAAAGCGCAGUUGAUGUACUUUUAUGAGACAUUGCCAUCGGUUCACUAUAGAGGGUCGAUGAUGAGUUUACAGUCUGCUGUAAGUGGAAAGUCAGAAGCAAGCUCUGCUUUAUCCAGAUGACGCCUUACACGUGUAACGUACAAAAUUAGUCAAUG